GCAGGUAUAAAUAGCAUCGGAGCAGUACUCAAUACAUUCAGUUGAAAAGCAGCCAUCGCAGCGAACGCAUCUCAAAAAUAACUUUGAAUAAGAGCAGCAGCAGAGCAAAGUGAACGAACUCGAAAAUACGAAAGCAAAGUGUGUGCGCCAGCAACAAAGAACUAACUUGAUAAAUAUUCAUUGUGCCGAAGAGAAAGUCAUUGAGUCACUCCCAGUUGUGUAAUUCCGAACGAGAAGAAAGAUAAACCCACAAUGGCAGUGGCAUUCUACAUACCCGACCAGGCGACUCUGCUGCGGGAGGCGGAGCAGAAGGAGCAGCAGAUCCUCCGCUUGCGGGAGUCCCAGUGGAGAUUCCUGGCCACCGUUGUCCUGCAAACGCUGCGCCAGUACAGUCCAUGUCAUCCGAAGACCGGAAGAAAGUGCGGCAAAUACCGCAAGCCAUCGCAGUGAACAUUCGAGUAACUAACAACUACGGGGAAAACCAAUAGUCCAGUCCAAGAUCCAGAGUACAAAGCAAAUGAGCAUGAGCCAACCCAAAAAACAGUCACCACUCAUCAGCCGACGGCACUCGAUUUCUACAGCAGCCAAGGAUACAGCCACAACACCCACCCAAUUUUAGUUUACUCAUCAAAGCGAUU